CGCUCACCCUCUCCCGCGUACCGCCAUGUCCGUGGCCUCGCCGACGGUUCUCCCUCGUAGUGCGCUCUUCCCUACCCUCCUCCCGAGACCACCACAGCCGCAUCCGACACCCCUGCAGAAGUAUGGAAGACCAGGCCGACUCAACAGCCGGAGGAAUCUGCAGCAGGAAAUGGAAGACUUGAGCGACGAGGAGGACGAGCUCGACGACCUGGAAACAGAUAUUAGGAACAGAGGAUUCAAUUUCCUCGUCCCGAUCGGACGCACGUUCACCCAACACGAGGAAAAGAACGACGCGAGUGUAAGCCACGACAUUGUCGAAACCCCGGGCCCUCACGUAUCAGAGAACCGUCGACAGGGAGGAGAAGCUUCGAGCGGCUCAGAAGAUUCUGAACAUACAGAAGAGGAUGAUGCGUCCGCAAUGGACGACGAGAAUGACUCCGAGGCGGAGGAAGACCUAGAUGCCGACAUGGAAGACAUGGACGAAGGAAACAUAACCGGCGAGACCGUAGAGACUAACGAGGAUAUUCCAGAGAUCUCAGACGAAGAGAGUGAUGAUGAAGACUAUGAGACCGAUGAUUAGCAGAGGCUGCCUUACGGUGAGUCUUAUCGAAUCUUCGUGACAUCGACUAACCCGGUCGCUGGACCCCUACCAAGGUGUCUUCACCCCCUGGCUAGUGCCCUCCCGGCCAACUGAUUCACGUCAGGAGAUAGCCAGGGUGAUGGGGUGUCCUCAAAUGCGACGCAGUUCUCAUUACCUAUUAAAGGUCACCAAGUUCUGCGCAUGGACUAUCUCGUCGACAACAAUGUCUGAGCGAGACAAGGAGGGAGACGAAGGUCCCAGGAUAUAUCAAGCACAGGUAGUAAUACAUGUCUUCCUUACUAUGCAUCAAAUGAAGGGUCAAAUGGACC